AAGGACGACGAAUGUGAAGGAUCCGGUUAUGUUGACAGAAAAACUGGUGUCUGCAUUUAUGAAGAAUGUAAUGAUUGCGACUGUGUAUCGACGCAUACCCAGAAGUCCGGAAUUUAUGGUGUUGUGUUGGCUGGUGAACAGAAACAAGUUUACUGCUCUUUCGAAACCCUUUAUUCUUGGACUGUUUUACAAAGACGGUUAGACGGAUCAGAGGACUUUUACAGGAAUUGGACUGAUUAUGAAGUCGGGUUUGGGAACCUUGAGUCAGAAUUUUGGUUAGGAAACAAGUUUAUCCAUCAACUGACGGCAGAUGGACAUACCAUUUUGCGAAUUGAGUUGGAGGACCAUGAUGGUAAUACUAGGUACGCUGAAUACAACAGCUUAACUGUGGAAGAUGCGAGUGACAACUACAGGAUUCAUGUGACAGGAUAUUCCGGAAAUGCCGGUGACAGUUUUGCAGGGACAUGUAGCAUUUGUAACAACGGGAUGCCUUUCAGCACCUACGACCGUGAUAAUGAUAACCAUCUGACUCUGAAUUGUGCAGUAUGGGGAAAGGGAGGGUGGUGGCACAACGCAUGCCAUAAAUCGAAUCUGAAUGGACUGUAUAGUGACAACAGAUAUGGACAAGGAGUGAACUGGGAAAACUGGAAAACUCUAAAUUAUUCACUCAAAUCAUCCAUCAUGAAAGUCAGGAAAUAUUAAGCGUUAGAAUAUAAAAAUGAUAGUCAUCUGACUUUGAAUUUGUGCAUUUUGGGGGAAAAGGAGGCUUGGGGCAUUAUGCAUUCGACAGAGCCAUUAUUUACACUCUGUAUUGUCUUCUGAUUUUUUAGUUUGCCUACUUUG